CCCCAUGCACACUUCACAUUGCGCACUUGUUGCUGUUCCUCAGAAAUCUAAACAUUGCUCAGAAAACUCCUCACCCGUCAUGAAAUCGUUCCACGUGCUUCUGAUCCUUUUCGUUUGGUUUGAAACCAUUUUGUGCUAUUGCUGGCAGCCUGGAAAGAAUCCCAGCUUCCAAGAGAAACCGAGAGUGGAACAAAUCGCUUACGACCAAGUCCGAGUCAGUUGGUAUGGCUUGGUGGAUCGAAUCGAGUGUGUCGAUCAGUUCCUGGUCAAGCACUGGAUGGCCUCGGAUCCUCAGACCGCGACACUCACCGAGUUCCUGCCCAAUUGGCAAUUUGAAACCACCAUUGACGUGAUUCCACGGGUGGUCUACGAGUUCCAAGCCGUGGCUCGUGAAGAUAAAGGCACAUAUUUGGGCGUGGAUUACAAUCGAUCUCCGGUGAGUCGAUUUCAAACCUCCAGGCACAAGAUCAAUGUGGAGCCCACGGUUCCGCCCGGAUUUGAGACCAGAAUUGAUUUAACUGAAGAUGAAGAAGAGGAGUCCGAAGCCGAUUCGUCUACGGAAAAGUACCAAUCGGAAGGCUUCCAGAAACGUCAUGUCGACUUGCAUUCGCCUCUUAUUAUUAUUGGAUUAUGUUUUCUUGCUGUGUGCGCGAUCAUGACAACAGUUGCUGUGGCCAUGAAUUAUUGUCAACGAACAAGUGAGGAUGAUUAAAAGUUUGUGCCUUUUUG